AUGGAUGGCGAUAAGAUAGCAAGCCCCACCGCGGACCGAAUCCCUGGGAUUUCGAUUUUGUUCGAGCCCAACCCCUCCGCUUUGUCGAGCCCGCUUUAUUCAAGCUUCUAUCCACCAGAGGCCAUGUCUGCGCGGAAGGUCCCUCCGCCCAGCCAACCCGCCAGUCUUGGCCCACCAGAGGCUGCAAUCGCCGGGCGAGCCGACGGGAAGGUUCUGAUUCCCCGGGAUCGAUCGAGGAUCGUACCGGCUAGCACACAGAUACGUACUCCUCGUGCUUGCGAUCCUUGUCGGCAGCGCAAGGCCAAAUGCAAUGGGGGGAAACCGACAUGUACCCAGUGCGAGAGGUUCGGGAUCGAAUGCAGGUACUCAGAGCAGAAGCGGGCCCAAGAGAAAAGAGAGCUUGACAUGUUGCGGGCAGCUAUCAAGCGGCACGAGCGGAUGCUGCAACUUAUGUCGCACCGCCCGUCCGGCGCUGCACUUUCCACCCGUGGGGAGGGUCCAUAUGCUGUGGCUAUACCACAGACAGAGGCGCUAGCUACCCAGCAAACGCUGCCUGGUCAACUGGACCGCACGAUAGAGCUUCUCCAGACCCAGCUACGUGAGCUGCAUUAUGUGUAUCAGAAUGUUCACGAUUGUGACCCCACAGUCCUUCCUGCUGUGGUGGACACAAUCCGUAGGAGUUCCUCGGUGCAUGAGGCAGCCAGUCUGCUGAGUCGGCAGAUGUCGUCACAAUUCCCGGGUAUAACUCUGGAGAGGAUGCAGAGGUCGUGGCUGACACGGCUAUCGGGAAAGCCGGAGCUGGUGAACCGAAACCCCCCCUAUAGCGUGAAUGCUGCAGAACGUUGGACGUCAAUUGUUGAUGACGCGGCCACUUCGCAUCUCUUCUCUUUAUUCUUCGUCUGGGAUAACCCAAUUUGGCAUAUCGUUGAUCCAGUGUCGUUCCUGGAUGAUUUCCAGCAUGGAGGGACACACUUCUGCUCGUCACUCUUGGUCCAUACCAUUCUUUUCUAUGCGUGUUCAGCCCUUCUCUUAGGGUUGUUCUUCUGCGCUACAGAGAAAGACAAGAUCGGAGUAGAGUAUAUUCAAUAUGGCGCACGAAUGGGAUUGCAGCUGGGCCUGCACAAGUCGUCGUUUGGGACAGUCCAAACCGAUCUAGCAGAGGCACCUCGCAUUAGACGAGCUCAUAAGCUCAUAGCUAGUGCAGUCUAUGAGGUGCAGACUCUUUCUGUGCAAUUGGCAAGGAUACCGUCAGUAUGGCCGGGACCAUCGGAGCUUGCCUUUGCUGAAGAAGAAGUAGCGGCGGCGGAUGUCAAUCAGCAGUGGUCACCGUACCCAUUUACCCACCCUAUUCACAAGCCUUUCUUUUAUACGGCGUUAUGGUGCAGAAGAAACCUAUUGAUCAUUGUUAAUGAUGUGGCGGAUUUGCAGCGGCGUCUCGGUGGACAGGUUGACCUCUCUGGAUGGCAGCAUGGUGCUGUAUUGUAUCAGAGACUUCUAAGCCUCGAAAGGAAUAUUCCUACCGUCCUAGGGGUACAACGCAACAGGACCCCCCACAACCUAUGUUUUCACAUGUAUUACCACAUGACAGUAGUCAACCUCUGCGGGCUUUUUAUAUCCCGUAAUAGCACUGGACCGACGGAGGCGCUAAUACAAUCCACCAAAUUCAAUCCUCAAAGGAUACUGGGCGACGCGAUGGACUCGAUCGCCACUUUGAUAUUGCUCUAUCGGGUAUGCCAUGGUUGGAAGUCCACCCCGGUGGUGAUGGCUCACUACUUUAUGGUGGCCGGUGUACACGCGGCCUCGCACCUGGAGUCGUCAAAGUGGCGCGAAGUGUUGAUCAGCUGUGUCUCUGGUCUCUGGCAUAUGGGCCUGGUUUGGAGGGUCUGUCGACCGUUUCUGCGGACGAUUCAGCUAGUACUCCAAAGCAAGAACGAGACCUUGAUUCCCACCGAAACAAUGGCAAUAUUGCGUGAGUUCAACGAGAAGGUGUGGAAUCGGAACGAGGUAGACGCACUGGCAGCCAACUAUGUGGUGCAACACCAUCCGAGUCAACCACUCGCGCUGGACCAAGACAGUAACUUUCAAGGCAAAGGUCUCGAAAGCUUGAUACGAGAUUUCGAGAAACUAAGCACGGAUGGUUAG